AUGUCCGACGACGACAAAGAAGAGUACGAAAUCGCCGAGCAGUUCGUCUCCCAAACUAUAAAGCGAAUGGUGCGCAUCCUAUUCACGGUGAACCCCCCUUCAGUGCUCUGCCUAACCACCUCAUCCCUACUUAAUCCACUGGUAGCGGAGGCAUCUUCUCCCAGUAUGUCACUAAUUUCAAGGUCAUUAUUGGUGAUGAGGCCUCUCAAAUACCAGAACCAGCACUGCUCACCAUCGCCGCUCGCUUACAGGGCGCACGGCACGUGUACAUUAGUGACGUUCACCAGCUCGCACCUCAUGCCAAGUGCCUCCGGGAGUCCACCCCCGUUUUACACGGUGCUCGAAGUGUUAUCUCCUCUUACAGGCUCCGGCAGUUCCCGUGGCUCCCUUAAUCACCACGUUCCGUUCGCAUCCGGCACUCAUUGAACUACCUAACCGUAUAGCGUACAAUGGUGCUUUAGUAAGCGGUACCCCAGCGUCGGCCCGGCACUGCUAUUUUCACUUAUGCGCUUUCCUUCGCCUGACGUUCCCUUCCUCUUCAUAGACAUGUUUGGCGAAUCUCUAAGGGCACCCAACAAGUCCUUCUGGAACCCUGAUGAGGCACACCUUGCGACCCAUUUCAUUAAGCAACUUAUUGAAAUUGGCGGGCACGCUUAUCAAAUAUGUGUAAUUACUUUUUACAGAGAACAAUUCCGUCGCCUACGACCGGACCUUACGGACCUCGGCGUCGAGCUCUCGAUCGUCGAUUCCGUCCAAGGACGAGAAAAAGAGGUAGUUGUCAUCUUGACCACAAAAAGCGACUUUUCUCCACAUGAAGCCGACUUCCUUGAUGACUACCGACGUCUCAAUGUGGCUGUUUCGCGUUGCCGCCAUGGACAAUUCAUUUUCGGACACGCCAAGGCACUCCGCGCUCUACCAAUGUGGAACCGACUACUUAACUGGGCCGAGUCCAUCCGCUCCGUCAUCCGCAUGGCCGACGUCAACNGAUACAUAUACAGCAUAUACCCCCAGCCUUCCCACUGGUGA